AGUGUCAUUUAUUAGUGCGCUAAAAUUUGCAAAAUCUUGUUUUUAAAAUACGUUGUUUUUAAGAAUAUUUAAUGCAUUUGUAGGAGAAAAUAUAAUGGCAAAUCUAAAUACGUUACAAGAUAUGAUACUAGACGAAGAAAAACUAGUAACGUAUGUUUCUCUCAGUAAAGAGCUUUGCAUUCACGUUAACGAAAGCAAAAUGUUGUUGCAGCAGUUUGUUAAUAAUGUUCGCCAGAAGAAAUCUAAUGUUGAUCUUACUGUUAGUUAUAUCGUUUCUGGUUUAAAUAGUAAUAAUUCUGCUAGAACAGCAGUUUGCACUGAAGCUGAACUUGAGGCGUUUAAGAAGGACUUUAACACAAUAUUUUACGAACAUAUAUACAGUGUUACCAAAGGAUGUUCAAGUCUUGAUAAUGCGUCCUUGUUAGCGGUUAAUAAAAUAGAGGAUUUAAUUUUAUGUACUGGUAUAAUAAAAAACAAUAAUUGUAUGAAGCGGACAGCAGAUGAAAUUGGAACUCUUAAAUCUAUCAGUCAAGAUAUUCUGUCUAAUAAUGAAAAAAAUACAAAUACUACACAAAAGAAAAUUGAAAAGGAUAAUGAUGUUGAAAAACCUUCAAAAGGACUGGAGAACAAAAAAGGUGAGGCUAGGCCAGCUGAAACAAAUUUAGGAAAUAAUAUUAAAAGUGAAAAUUGUUCACCAAAGAAGGGUAUUACAAGCAAACAAAAAGUAAACAAUGUAAAUAUAAAGCAGAAGGGUAUUACUGGGUUCUUUACUAAGUUGAAUGGGAACUCUAGUAAUAAAAAUAUGACUGAGGAGAAAGAAAAACAGUUAAAUAUCUUGAAAGAUCAGCCAAAAAUAGAAAUAAAACAAGAAAACACAUGUGAAGAUAUUGAAAUGUCUGAUGCACAAAUUGAUUCAAAAGAUAAUCAAGUACAAAAAGGUAUUGAAAGUAAUAAAAAAACUAACAAACAUACCAAAAAAGAUGCCACUAGUAAAGAGAAAACAUCACCUGUUACAAAGAAAAAUAUGAAAGUUGACAAAAAAAGGAAGAGAAUUGUAGUACAAUCUGAUAGUGAGAGUGAGAAUGAAAAUGCUGAUAAUGAUCCAUUUGUCAAUGAAGAACAAACAGAGGUACAGAAUGAGUCUGAAGAUGAAAUACCUCCCACACCAACUGUCAAUACGGUUAAAAUCACAUCAGGUAUUGUCAAUCCUAAAAAGAGAAGAAAGAUAGUUGACAAAACAUACACAAGUGAAGAUGGAUGGAUCUUCACAAAAAAGGAAGAAGUAUAUGAAAGUUGUUCAGACAAUGAUGAAGAAACAAGCAAAGAAAAUGUUGCAAUAAAAUGUGUCGAAAAAAUUAAAGUAGAAGCUUCACCAAAAGAGAAGAAAAAUGAAUUAAAACCUACAAAGAAAAAGAUCUCACCGCCUAAGUCAGGAAAACAACAAACACUGAUGAACUUUUUUAAAAAAUCGGUCAAUUAAU